AUGGGAAAUUAGAACAAUGCAAAGGCAAAGUUUGUCAAUUUAUUAAAAUAAGAUGAAGAAAAUGCAUUAGCAGAAGAAUUGAAAUCAAUUCUACUUCUUGAUAUUUCUUAAGAAGAUUAUCUUAAUGCUUUUUAUCCAUCUGAUAUUCGGGAUAUAUUAAAACAAUCACCAAAAAGGAUAUUAGGUGUAAUUCAUUUUUUACAUAAAUUUCUUUGCGAUAAUUAAAAUGAUUUAGCAUCUCAUAUUUAAUAUAGAUAAUGGAAAAACAGUUUAAGAAUAUUAACUACAAUCAUUCCCGUAUUAUAUGAAGGAUAAUUUAAAGAAUAAAUGAAAGAUAUCUUAUGGCAUACUAAAAUUUCCAAGCCCAAUGAAGAAAUUUAAGAACGAGAUCCUCCUCUCAUAAUUUCACUUCUUAGUAGACUAUUUUAAUUAUGUUUCCAUUUUGGAUUUACAAUAGAUGUUUUAGAAUAUAAUGUAUUAAUUUAUAUUUAUACAUUUAAAGGAUUCAGUUAUACAGAAUGAUACACUCUUAUAAUUGUUUAAGUAAUAUUAUCAUAAUAUAUGGAAUUCCUAUCAAUUGCAAGUUGGUUAUAUUUGGAAAGGUUUUAAUAUAUAAUGCAAAUAUCCAAAUGACAUAGCUAAAUAUUUUGAAAAUAGAUAUCUUAUUUUAUCUUGUAUAUAUGCCUUGGUUAGUUCUACAUUAUUUUAGUAAGAGUUUUUUUUUGAACUUGAAAUUUAAGAAAUUACUUAAGAAAAGGGGAGUUAAAAUUCAAAAACAGAUGAGAAGAACUAAUCGAAUGAAUAAGAAGAAAUAGAAGAAUAAUUUUAAGAGAAAAAAACUUAAAAUAGUAAUGAAAAUAAUAAAAUACAAUAAUCUUAAAAAUGGUUAGUUUAAACUCCUAAUGCAGCCUUAUUAGUUUUAUAAAAAAUUAAAUUUUUUCCUGAAUUAUUAGUAUCUAUGAUAGCAUUUUCAAUCUUUCCUACUGAAAGAAUUAAAGAAUUUCUUAAAAGUAUUGUAAAUAUGCCUAAUUAAAUGGAAGAGAAUCUAUAAAAUGUCUGUUUAAAACUAACAUCCCUUGUAAUAGGUGGAUAAGGUAUGUUAUAUAAUUUAUCAUAGGUUUUGUAUAUCAAGAUGUUUUACCAUUUGGUAAAGAAUUUGAAGAAAUGGUAAAAGCUAAAGAACAUUUUUAACUAUUCAACAUUCCAUUUCCUUAAUUUAUUAAUUUGCCUUAAUCAUUACUAGAAGGAAUAAUUGUUUAAUUAACAUAAAAGUUUUAUUCUUAUUACAAAUCUUAAUAGUAAUUUAUUAGAGGAACAUUUGAAAAAUAAUUAUCAAAUUUUGAAAGCAAUUUCAUUUUUAUGAGUUAUUUAUCAUCAAGAACAGUACAUAAUGGUAUUUUAUAAUAUUAAAAUAGUACCAAAUAUAAUGGUUGUUUUUUUAUUGUCUUAUUUUAAUCCAAAAAAAUAUAUUUAAAAAGUUUCUUUAAAGAUUCUCAAAUUAUUUAGUGCUUAACCUUAAUUAAAUAAGUAAUUAUGUGAGAAUUAAGAGUUUACUUUGACUUUUACUGAUGCUCCAAUUAGUGUUGGUUCUUGGGGAGAUUUGUUAGUAACAGCACUUUGCAAUAACUUAUUAUAAGAAUUAUAAACUAUUAAAGAAAGUAAAUUAACAGAAAUAACUCAAAUAAUAUUCAAUAUAUCAUCAGAAAUAGGAAAACUGAAUCUAUAAAGUUCUGAGAUAAUUUGUAGUUUAAUUAAACAAAUGGCAAAUUAUGAUUUUCUAUUAAAAUCUCCAAAGUUUUUAAUUAGUUUAUAGAAUUUAAUUGGAGCAGUAUCCUAAAUCAUCUACUUUUUUCCUGAUGAUAAUUUUGAUCUCAUUCAAAAUGUAAUUAAAAUUAAAGAUAACAUUAAAUUUUUUCAUGAAUUAUAAAUUUCAUAAAAGAAACUAUAAGUUUGGUGGGGUAAACAUGGUACUCCUAAUCCAAUUGUAAAUUAAAGUUUCAUUAAGAGUCAGCAAUUUUAAAAAGAUGUUUAAGAUGUUAGAGAGUCUUAAGUUAGAUCAUUUACUUAAUCAUAGCAAUUAUCUAAUUAAAAAAAAUAAUAAAAAUAAUUCUAGCAAGAAGAAAUAUAAAGUUUAUAAUAAAUGGAAUAAAUAUAAUCUGAUAGAACAUAAAAGACUUCAGUUGAAUAUGAUAAAUAUAUUGCUUCAUGGAAAAGUUUCAAUUAGGAUUCUGUUAAAUAGUUUGUUCCUUUGAUUAGUUUAACAAAAUUGCUUGAAAAUUUAUUUAAAUUGGCUUUGGAUCCAACUGAUGAACAAAAAUUAAAAUCAGUAGUUUAAUCACAUGAUUUACGAUCUUUGAUGGUAAAAUAAAUCAUCUUUAAAAUAACAGUUGAUAAAUUUGAGAUAUUUAAAACAUUAACAAAAUAAAUUUGGUCGAAUUGUUUAAGGAAUUCUGAUAAAUUUCCCUAUUUUGAAAAGUCUGAAUGUCCAAGUUUUUAAUAAUACAUAGAAAAAUGA